CUAAUAUCCUAAUUACCAAUAGUACCAAUGUAUGUAUCAAUUUUUCAUGUUGAGUGAUGUGAUAGUUCUAAUGGUUUGUAAUUCCUAAACAAUUUUAAACAUAUUUAAUAACAUUCAAAAAUGACCACUGAAACACAAAAUGUACCAGUUUCUUCAGAAGAUAUUCAGAUAGCCGAACAUUUCAAAUCGGAAGCUAAUGAAUAUUUUAAAAAACAAGACUUCAAUUCUGCCAUAGAUCUGUACUCUAAAGCAAUUGAAAAAAAUCCAAAUGUAGCAAUAUAUUAUGCUAAUAGAAGUUUCGCCUACCUGAAAACGGAAUGUUUUGGGAUAGCAUUAACGGAUGCUAAUAAAUGUAUAGAAUUAGAUAAAUCAUAUGUUAAGGGCUAUUAUAGAAGGGCAGCCGCACAUAUGUCUUUGGGAAAAUUUAAAGAGGCCCUGAAAGAUUAUGAAUAUGUUGCAAAGGUACGGCCUAAUGAUAAGGAUGCUAAGAUGAAAUACUCCGAAUGUAAUAAAAUAGUAAAGAAAAUAGCAUUUGAAAAAGCCAUUGCAGUAGAUGACAAAAAGAAUAUAGCAGACAGUAUUAAUUUAGAUGCUAUGACUAUAGAAAAUGAAUAUACUGGACCAGAGCUCAAAGAUGGUAAAGUUACUCUUGAAUUUAUGAAAGAUCUAAUGGAAUUGUAUAAAAAUCAAGGAAAACUUCAUCGAAAAUACGCCUAUAAGAUUUUACUAGAUAUCAAAUCUUUUUUCAUGGAUCAGCCUUCUUUAGUAGAAAUACCUAUUGGUGACGAUGAUAAAUUCACUGUGUGUGGUGAUAUUCAUGGCCAAUUUUAUGAUCUUCUAAAUAUUUUCGAAUUAAAUGGCCUUCCCUCAGAAUCAAACCCUUAUUUAUUCAAUGGAGAUUUUGUUGAUAGAGGAUCUUUUUCUGUGGAAUGUAUAUUUACAUUAUUUGGUUUUAAAUUGUUGUAUCCUAAUCAUUUCUUCAUGUCGAGAGGAAAUCAUGAAAGUGCAACAAUGAAUCAAAUGUACGGCUUCGAUGGAGAAGUGAAGUUCAAAUAUACUGCUCAAAUGGCAGAAUUGUUUACUGAAGUUUACAACUGGCUUCCUCUAGCACAUUGUUUGAAUCAAAAAGUGUUGGUUAUGCAUGGUGGAUUGUUCUCAAAAGACGAUGUUACACUAGAUGAAAUCAAAAAGAUUGACAGAAAUAGGCAGCCGCCGGAAGAGGGACCGAUGUGCGAGUUACUUUGGUCAGAUCCACAACCACAGCCUGGCAGAGCACCUAGCAAAAGAGGAGUUGGUUGUCAGUUUGGACCGGAUGUUACCACUAAGUUCCUUGAACUGAACAAAUUAGACUACAUUAUCAGGAGUCAUGAGGUUAAAAAUGAAGGAUAUGAAGUUGCUCAUGAUGGUAAAUGCAUUACCGUCUUCUCAGCACCAAAUUAUUGCGAUACCAUGGGAAACAAAGGUGCAUUUAUAAACCUUAGAGGAAAGGAUAUGAAACCAAAGUUCACAACUUAUGAGGCUGUGCCCCACCCAAAUAUGAAGCCCAUGGUGUACGCCGAUUUAUUUCUAUAAUUAAUUUUUUAUAACUUUUAUAGUUUUCAAAUAUUGUAAAUAGAUUUACAAAAUAGGAAUUUUGAAUUAUUUUGAGAAUUAACUAACUACUUAUAGUUAAUGAAGACAGAGUUUGACUAAUUUUGUUCUUGAAGAAGAAAUGGCUUGACUGCGUUUAGUGGUAAGUCUUGUGAAUAUAAGAGUAUGACAAUAUAGUUUUAAAAAUAUUCAUGAAAUUUCAUAGGUUAUACAUAGGUUUAGUAAUUUCACCUCCUUUAGACUUUUACAAUAUCAGUUUGAUAAGAAUUAUUUUUAUCUUCAAGGACAAAGUGUGUGCAAAAUUUAUGUUCAAUAAUUUGUUAUUUUUGUUGUUUUUUAUUUUACUCUACACCAGUCAAUCACUUAUAGGACCAUUACAAUAAAGUGAUAAUUUAUUAUCGUUUAAUUUCUUCUUAGAUGUAAACAAUUUGGAAAAAUCCUACUGCCUUCUACUCUCAUUGCUAUGAGAUACUACUUGUCAUCAAAUGUUUUUAAAUAUUGCUCCCUUUUAUAGUACCUACCCAUUUUAAUAAAAAUUAGGAUGAUA